GAAGGUAGAGGAUUUGCAGUUCCGAGUUGAGGAAGAAUCCAUUACAAAGGGAGAUUUGGAGACUCAGACGCAGAUGGAGCAUGCUCGAAUACGGGAGCUCGAACAGAGUCUCCUGUUUGAGAAGACCCAGGCAGCAAAGCUUCUCAGAGAAUUGGAGGAAAGCAGGUUAACUACCGUGGCAGAGAAGUCAAGAAUUCUUCAGCUCGAGGAAGAGUUGACCUUAAGGCAGAGUGAGGUUGAGGAGUUGCGGCAAUGUUUAAAGAAUUCUCAUCAGCCAGAGUCUCCAGAUCACAGCCUGGGCCUUCAGACGGAAACUCUCCGCUUACGUGACCAGCUGUUUUCAGCCAACAAAGAGCACCAGAAAGAGAGUACCCAACUGAAAGAGAAGUAUGAGAGGACUUUGAAGAAGCACCAGCAGGAGGUUGAAAAGUUGAAAGCACUCAAUGAAAAGUACUCCCAAGAAAUUGUGGAUCUCAAGCAAAAAGUUCAGCAGGCCACCAAUGAGAACAUGGGCUUAAUGGACAAUUGGAAGUCAAAGCUGGAUACGUUAGCAUCGGACCAUCAGAAGUCACUGGAGGACCUCAAGGCUACUUUGAACACAGGCUCUGACAGCCAGCAUAAGGAAAUAGUGGAGCUGAAAGCUGUGGUAGAAAGUAUCAAAUUGGAGCACCAUUUAGAGCUGGAGAACCUAAAAGCCAAGCACGAGAUUGAGAUGGCGGUUCAUAUUAAAGAGAAGGAAAGCCUUAAGCUGAAGGUACAAGACGUCAAGGAGGAAAUGGAAGAAAGCAACAACAAUUGGAAGACCCAGUUGGAAACCAAAACAAACCAGCAACUUAUGGAACUUCAAGACCUGAAGGAUAAGUGUCGCGAUGCUGACUUCAGAGUUCAUGAGCUGGAGAAGCUACACGGUGAUUACAAAGACCAGGCACAAGCCAUCGCUUUCUUGAAAGAGCAGGUCUCCUUGGCUGAGAGAAAGAUGCUGGACUAUGAGACGCUGCAGAAAACUGAGCUUCAGAGUAAACAGGAAAUUCAGCGGUUACAGGAGAAAGUUCUUGUGUUAGAGAAUAAAUUGCACUCCACAGAGCCACUCCACUCUUCCCAACCUACCAAUAUGAUUGAAACAAAUGACAUUUCAGAAGAAAAGAUCAAGAUGAAACAAGCAAUGGAAGAUCUCCAGGACAAAUUGAGUAAAAAGGACAAAGAGGUAUCAUCGCUUGUCUCCCAGACGGAUACUCUAAGGGCCCAAGUAAGUGCACUGGAAAAUAGAUGCAAGAGCACUGACAAGAAGGCGGAUUCUGUGUUAAAAGAAAAAAAAAGGCUGGAAGCAGAUCUGGAAACAAUGUCAAGAAAAACCCACGAUGCUUCUGGUCAGCUGGUUCUGAUCAGCCAGGAGCUAUUAAAAAAAGAAAGGUCAGUCUUCGCUCCACCCAGAGAAA